AUGCCUGCAGUCGGCGACCAACACAAAUCCAUCACUAACCCAUUCGAGGAGCCACAACGGCGAAUCAGCGAAUACACAGCCCAAGAGAUUGCCACACUACAGAGCCGUCUCGAGAAACAACUAGGACCCGAGUACCUGUCGAGCCGCGCCGGCCCAUCAGGCCAAAAAGUCCACUACAUUUCGUCAGAAAAAUGUAUCCAACUUGCGAACGAGGUCUUCGGCUUCAACGGCUGGUCCUCCAGCAUCCAGAAUAUUCAAGUUGAUUUUGUCGAUGAGCAUCCUCAAACGCUGAAAAUCAACAUGGGCAUUUCGGUUAUAAUGCGAGUCACCCUACGCGACGGGACGUAUCACGAGGAUCUUGGCUACGGCCAUAUCGAGAACUGCAAGGGCAAGGCGGCUGCUUUUGAGAAGGCCAAGAAGGAAGCCACGACGGAUGCAUUGAAGCGCGCGCUGCGCCAAUUUGGCAAUGUGCUAGGAAACUGUAUUUACGACAAGCAAUACUUGGCCAAGGUCACCAAGAUGAAGGUCGAGCCAACCAAGUUUGCGGAGGAUAACCUACAUCGGCACUCAGAUUUCGUCAAGAAGGAGCCGGUUGAGGCAGAUGUCAUGAAGGUUGUCUCAAUUGGGGCUGGCGCUCGUCCACCAGCCUUGGGAAACGAGGAGUCUUUUGAGGAUUUGCUCGGAGAACUCGAUGAGGCGGACUUCAACAUGGCCGAUGAGGGCCAUCCGGAUGAAGUCGUGCUACCACAAUCCGUGCACAACAGCUUGAACGACAAGCCUGUACAUCAGCAACUGACCAAUCUUAACCCACAAGCACAACAGUCUCGACCUCUGACGCGAUCAGGGUCAACAGGCAGCUUGAACACCCGGCAGCAACCACAGACUUCCAACCAGUUCACGGCGAGGGCCCAAAGUCGGCCUCCACAGCAACAGUUUAACAGCAACCAAAGUCGUCCUAUGGGUCAACCGGUCAAUAAUUCCAGCAACGCAAACACUUCCAACAACCCUCAGAACUACACAACACCACAGAAGCCUGCUCCUGCCGCCCCUGCUCCCCAAGCAGGUGCAGCUGCAGCUCCCGCGCCAGAAACUGUAGGCUUCUUUUCCGCUAAAGCUGUGACUCAACUUCCGGAGGAGGCAUUGGCUAGUGGCCAAGUCGCGCCGAAACCAGGUCUGGCAUUCAACCCUCACGCCGAAAGCCCGUCCAUCCGCAAGACGCCUGGCAUCGAUCACACCAAGUCUAAACCAUUAGCCAGAAACGGUCAGCACGUCCCUCCAGCCAAGACAACCGAGACAGAAGCUGAACCAAGCACAUCGUUUUCAAGACCUGCGGGAGCUCAUGCGGCAUCACGACCAGUCACGAUGAACGAGGCACGCUCAGCAUCGGGAAGCUUAUCCCGAGGCGGGCCACCGAUGGGUGGUAAUGCCGGAAAUAUGGGCAAGCCCAACGUCGUCAACCCUCAACUUGAUCAUACAAGGCGGAUUGGCGCGCCAGGCAUGAGCGGUUUCUCUAGCAGUCCCAGUACCAACAGAGGCCAGUAUCGGCCGUUGACAAUGAAGAGGCCUGCUACUGUUAUGGGAGGGGGUGCAGGUCAGACCAAGGACGGUAAUGGUGAUAGUGCGGCGACGACAACGACAGCGGCGAAUACAACAGCAGGGUCGGCGACGGGAGGUAAUGCAGCUCCUUCUGCUGGUAAUGGUGGGAGAGUACCGUUGACUGACAUGUCGGCUAAUGCGUCGAAUGCUACCGCAGCGGGGACCGCUACUAGUGGGCCGGAGGUUAAGAGGCAGAGGCUGGCUUAGACGGAGGGAAAGGAUGGUAUUGGCAGGAAAGAGGUCUAUGGAUACAGUCUCUACUUCGGAUGAGCAGCUCUUUGGUAUGGUUGUGUAAGGCGUUCAUGGCGUUUUUUGGGGGCGGGCGAACAUCACUCGCAGAAUUUAUGGAUGGCUCGUCUUCU